AUGUCUCAACAAGAAGAAUCACACUCUACCACCACAGCCACCACAGCUCACGCCACUAUUGAUCUCUUCUCGGUACCAAGAAUCGGAGUUGCUUGCUUUAUUGUUAAAAAUAUUAAUGGAUCGGAACAUGUUUUAAUUGGUCAGCGAAAGGGUUCUCAUGGAAAGGGUUCUUAUCAAUUGCCUGGAGGUCAUUUGGAUUAUGGAGAAACAUGGGAAGUUUGCGCGGAGAGAGAAAUCAAGGAAGAAACCAACUUGGAUGUUUGCAAUUUAACCUUUAUUACUUGUACUAAUGAUGUUUUUGAGGUUGAGAAGAGACAUUAUAAUACAAUUUUCAUGAGAGCCUAUUUGAAGGAUGAAAAUCAAGAGGCUGAAUUGUUGGAGCCUAAUAAGUGUGAAGGUUGGCAAUGGGUUUCAAUUCAUGAUUUGAAGAAUUUCUCACCACUUUUCCUUCCAUUAGAUAAUUUCCUCAAACUCUAUCCACCUCAAAAGAUUGUUCAAUAA